GAGCAUACUCAGGUGGUUGAAGAGCUCUUGUUAGCCUUUGCAUGUGCAUUGAACAAGUUGGGGUUUAAAGCUCCCAAACCCUUUUUCCUUUUCUGACUUCUGAAACACACACACACACCACAAAAUUCCCAUGAAUUGGGAUGUUUGACAACUGAAACUUAAAUUUUCAUCAGAUAAAGAUUCAACCUUUAUUUGUUGAAGGCUACUCCAAACCCUCAAGCCCGAAACUUCAGAUAAAAAAAAUGAGCAGUGCUUUUCGAAUGAACUCUGCAAAGAUUUCCCAUGUCAUGGGGAUACAGAGGCACUUCAUGUUGGUGAACCAUGUCGUUCAUCCAGUCAAAACCUCUUCUUUUCUCUUUAACAAAGUGCAUUCUAAACCUUUUAUUCGAUUGCCACAUUUCAUCAGAAAACCCAGAGAAUAUGAAACUUCUCUGUCCUUGUUCUCUUCAUCUUUCUGCUCUUCUUCCUCUUCUUCAUCUGCUGUUGCAGCUUCCCUAUCCAAGGUUGGCUUUGUGAGUUGGUAUUUGGGGAUGAUCAAGUCGUGGCCAAUUUUGACAAAAAGUGUUACUUCUUCACUUAUUUAUAUCGGUGCUGAUUUAUCCUCCCAGACUAUUGUGCGCGAACCUUCGGAAGCUUUUGAUUUUAUGAGGACUUCACGCAUGGCAGGAUAUGGGAUGAUCGUUUUAGGACCAUCCCUGCAUUUCUGGUACAAUUUUGUGUCAAAGCUUUUCCCAAGGAGGGAUAUUUUCUCUACAUUGAAGAAAAUGGUCAUCGGUCAGACAAUUUAUGGACCUGCCAUGACUGUUAUUUUCUUGUCCUUGAAUGCACAUUUGCAGGGUGAAACAGGGUCAGAGAUAGUUGCACGCUUAAAACGCGAUUUUCUUUCAACGAUGCUGGGUGCGAUUAUGUAUUGGCCUAUAUGUGAUUUUAUUACCUUCAAGUUCAUUCCUGUCAAUUUACAGCCAUUGAUCACCAAUUCAUUCUCGUACUUGUGGACUGUUUAUAUGACGUAUAUGGCAAGCCUAGAGAAAGCAGCGUGAUCACCAUCAACACUGUCAAUCGUUGUUCCACUGUUCAGCCUGGAAGCUGCGGGAUACAGACUGCACUAUUUCUGAUCUCAGAUUUUCCCUCUCUGUGCUACUAACCAAUAUACUCGGUUGUGUAACUAUAGACCUUUUUUUUUUCUUUCUCGAAAUGAAUUUUGGAAUCAUUAGCAUUUCCUUUCUGAGUAA